UGAAAAUAGGAAGUUGUCAGCCAUGGCUGUUUUUUUCAGUUUCAUCAUUCAUUGCGUGAUGGAUCAUGAAGAAAUGCAAAAUGCACAUGAUGAUUCACUCUACUGAAUUACUGCGUGUUAUCAUCAUCUGGAAGUUUGUAUGUCUUUAUCCUUCAAAUCAUGGUCAGAAUUUCCUCCAUCCAGUGGUGACGACUGCAUGGUUGAUGGCAGGAACGGCAGCGGACCAGACACUGAGAUGAGUUCCGAACCAAUCCUAGAGGAUGUUUUAAUAAAGCGCUCACAGCAGAAGAAAAGGACUUCUCCUCUAAACUACAAAGAGAGAGUGUUUGUCUUAACAAAGACGAAGCUUGCUUAUUAUGAAGGCAAGCCAGAGAGAAAGACAAGAAAAGGCUGCAUCGACUUACAGAAGAUUAAGUGUGUUGAAAUUGUAAAGAAUGGAGGCGUGAUCAUUCCCUGUCAAAAUAAAUAUCCUUUUCAGGUCGUAUAUGAAACCAGUACUUUGUACAUUUUUGCUCCAAGCAAUGAGAAGAGAAGUGUUUGGGUUCAAAGCUUGAAAGAAGAGAUUAAACAGAACACGCUGGUUGUGGCCAAGUUCCACCCUGAGUUUUGGCAGGAUGGGCUCUGGCAAUGCUGUCGGCAGGCUGACAAACUGGCUCCUGGGUGCGAGGAGUACAACUUGUUCGGAGACAUUUCGAGAAAACCUCUUCCUCCGAUUCCUGGAAAUGAUACAGCAGGAAAGUUCCGUCGACCCCCUCCACCGCCGCCACUGUCCGAUGAGACCGAGGCCAUGGAGGAACAGGUCGAGGAGAAAGAGGAGAUUGUCAUCGCCUUGUACGACUUUGCAGGCACCGAGUCCCAUGAUUUAACCCUGGUCAUGGGUGAAGAGUAUGUCAUAGUGGAGAAAUGUGAUGUUCAUUGGUACAAAGCUCGAAAUAAAUACGGAGAGGAAGGGUAUGUCCCAAGCAACUAUGUGACUGCGAAGAAGUCUGGUAACCUUGACCAGUUUGUCUGGUACUGCAAAGAUGUGAACAGAAGUAAAGCUGAACAACUCCUCAGGAGAGUGGACAAAGGGGGAGGUUUCAUGGUGAGGGAUUCCAGCUCUUUGGGAUCCUACACAGUGUCUUUGUACACCAAGUCUGCAGGGGAAGGGACUCCGUCCAUCCGACAUUAUCACAUAAAAGAAACGCAGACAAUACCGGUGCAAUACUACCUAGCAGAGAAACAUCAUUUCAACAGCAUCCCGGAACUUAUCGAGUACCAUCAGCACAAUGCAGCAGGUCUUGUGGCCAGGCUGCGUUACCCAGUUGGAAAAGAAGGCAGUUCUGCCCCAACUACAGCGGGGUUCAGCUAUGAGAAGUGGGAGAUCAACCCUUCAGAGCUGACCUUCAUGAAGGAGCUGGGCAGCGGCCAGUACGGCGUGGUGCGCCUGGGCAAGUGGCGCGCUCAGCAUAAGGUAGCCAUCAAGGCCAUCCGCCAAGGAGCCAUGCGGGAGGAGGACUUCAUCGAGGAGGCCAGGGUCAUGAUGAAUCUCUCCCACCCAAAGCUGGUGCAACUGUAUGGGGUCUGUACCCAGCAAAAGCCGAUCUACAUAGUUACAGAGUUCAUGGAGCUGGGCUGCUUGCUGAACUACAUCAGACAGAGACGUGGCAGCUUCACCUCAGCGACACUACUGAGCAUCUGUCAGGAUGUCAGUGAGGGGAUGGAGUACCUGGAGAAGAAAGGUUUCAUCCACAGAGACCUGGCAGCCAGGAACUGCUUAGUAAAUGACUCUCUGGUUGUAAAAGUCUCCGACUUUGGAAUGGCAAGGUACGUACUUGAUGACCAGUACACCAGCUCCUCUGGGACCAAGUUCCCAGUGAAGUGGUCCCCUCCAGAAGUGUUUAACUUCUGCAAAUACAGCAGCAAGUCUGACGUGUGGUCAUUUGGCGUUUUAAUGUGGGAAGUGUUCACAGAAGGCAAAAUGCCCUUUGAACAGAAUCAAAACCAUGAAGUUGUUAUGAUGAUCAUGCAAGGCCAUCGACUGUACAGACCAAAGAAGGCUACACACAACAUUUACAACAUCAUGCAACUGUGCUGGCAUGAGAAACCCAAAGAGAGACCGUCAUUUGCUCAGAUCACAACCAUGAUCAAAGAUGCGGUGGAAGAGGAGGACUCAUCACGUGAAGAGGACCCCAGCUAAGAAUGUCUCUUGGGUUCCUGAACAUUUCCUGAACACUGCAUUGUGCCUUCUUUUUACUACAGACUUUUUUCACUGUGCACAUACCUCAUACUUAUGCUUUUCACUAAAGUGGUUACCCUGCAGAGUGUUUCAGAACAAUGCAUUUUUGAUUGUAAAGAAAUGUAAAAUUUAGGAUUGUUGACAUUAUUGUUGUGUUGCUGUUGUUUUUAUUGUUACCUUUGAAAUCAUUGAAGUGUUCAAGCAUUGUUAAAAAUUCUAUCCUACAGUGACUUAGAAAGGUUGCUGUGCAAAAAAAAAAAAAAAAAAAAAGCAGGUAAAAUGCUGCAUAUUUUUAACCCAGUGUGCUGGACUGUGGUUGAAUAUAUUAAUAUCCAUUUAUAGUUCA